GUACCGUAAAGUGCCAACUGAUGUAUCCGGAUAUUUACAAAGACUAGAGAUAUACCCGCUGUACAUUUCUCAUUCAACUUUGCCAGUCUUCAAUGUUUUACACCAGCUAGAUAUUCUUCGAAGC